AUGGCCAAAGGUCUACGUGUCAUUUCCGAACGACUGAAUUCUGUUGAUCUCGUUGUUGAAGUACGCGACGCACGCAUUCCGGUCUCGUCCGUCAACCCCAACUUUGAGAAAGUCGUCGGUCGCAAAAAACGCCUGAUUGUCUACAACAAGGCCGAUCUGGCCGAUCCACUGACACAACGACCUGUUACACGUGCACUCGAACAACACAACCCCAACACGCCUGUGCUUUACACAAGCUGUCACAUACACAAAGACAUUCGGCCGAUUCUUCAAUACGCAGCUGCACUCGCCGAUCCCAUUCCUCAAGUCAAUUUGAUGGUUGUCGGCAUGCCCAACGUGGGGAAAUCUUCUUUGUUGAAUGCAUUGCGUCAUGUUGGAGUUGGUAAAGGCAAGGCGGCAGCCACGGGUAAUCAGCCUGGCGUAACACGUGCAGUUGUGGGCACCGUUAAAGUGUUGGAACACCCAGCCAUAUAUCUUAUUGACACGCCGGGCGUCAUGGUCCCGCACUUGGCGGACCCCGUGCGCAGUUUACGGGUCGCAUUGACAGGUGGCAUUCGUGAUCACCUGGCGGACGAACAAGUCAUGGCGGACUAUCUCCUCUACGAACUUAACAAACGACACCAGCACGAUGCAUACAUGUCGUAUUACAACAUGGCAGAGCCGACAAAUGACAUCAAUGUGUUGCUGGAAGCAGUUGCCAAGCGGAUCGGGGCAGUCGUCAAGGGCGGUGAACUCGACAUGACCAUGGCUAGCAAAUUUUUGUUGAAGCAAUACAGACAAGGCAAACUCGGACGAUACACUCUCGAUGACACGACUCCAGAGGCUUUGGAUGCCUUCUUUGAGCAGGUCAAGACGCCCGAGGUUGAACUAAGUCAUCGACAGGAGAAAAAACUGGCAAAGCUGGCCCAGCGGAAGGAGCAGCGACGCAAAAAGGAAGAUUGA